CCCCCAGGAUCCAAACACCACCACCACCACCAUGCAGGAACUUAAAGCCCUGAAGAUCCGGAUCGCCUUCUUUAUCACCCUGAUUGGGGUGUCCCUGAUGCUGGCCGCCGUUAUGAGCAACCACUGGGCGGUCAUGAGCCCGAAGGUGGACGAUUUCACCCAGCCCUGCGAGGUGGCCCACUUCGGCCUGUGGAAACUGUGCACCAAGCAGAUCUUAGUGGUGGGGAACGACGUAGAAAGCACACUGUGCGGUCCGCUCAGUCUUCCCGGAGCGACAAACUGCUCUUACUUCAAACACUUCACGUCUGGAGAGAACGCGGAGAUCUUACAAGUCACCACUCAGAAAGAGUACAGCAUCUCGGCUGCAGCCAUUGCCAUCAUUGGGGUCGGCUUCAUGACGAUGGGCACCAUCUGCACCCUGCUGUCCUUUAGGGAGAAGCUGGACUACCUGCUGAAACCGGCCGGCCUCUUCUACAUCUUCGCAGGCCUGUGUAUGAUCAUCUCGGCGGAGGUCAUCAGGCAGUCGGUGCACAGGAUGAUUGACAGCAAGGAGACCGUCUGGAUCGAGUAUUACUACUCCUGGUCCUUCGGCUGCGCCUGCGCCGCCUUCGCCCUGCUCUUCAUGUGCGGCAUCGCCCUGGUGCUCAUCUCCUUACCCCGGAUGCCCAGGAACCCGUGGGAGAGUUGUAUGGACGCCGAUCCUGAGAUGUGA